AUGACCGACACCCAGAAUAUCUCGAAGCCCCUCGUGAACAGUGAGGCCCUGAGCUUCAUUGUCCACGUUCCGCUUGUCUCGGGCGCCGUGGACUACUCGUACUCUGUGAUCAAGUCGCACUCUAUUCUCUACCGCACCUUUUUGCUCGGCGAGAACGUGCUCGCCAAGUCGCUCGCCAUUGCUGAGCCCAUCACCUCGCGUCUGAGCACUCCCCUGAACAAGGCUGAUGGUCUGGCUCUGCAGACUCUCACCUUUGCCAAGUCCAAGUUCCCCUACCCCUUCGAGGUGAAGUGGGACGAUCUCUUUGCGAUCGUGCAGAAGCCCGUUGACCAGGCCAACGGUGUGGUUUCCAACUACAGGAACUACGCCCAGGGCCUCUACGACACCCACGUGAAGGAGAACGCCAAGAACCUCUACGACCAGACGAACAAGGCUGUCGAGCAGCUGCAGCAGAACGAGAACGUGUACCUCCAGCGCGCCGGCAACACGAUUGUCUCGAUCAACGAGAACCUCACCAAGAUCGCCCAGGACUGGUCCAAGAAGUCCAAGGCUGAGGUCGCUGAGGGUGAGAAGAAGGCGCAGGGCCUUGUCAACAACCUCUUCUCUGAACUCGAGAACCUGCAGAAGUUCGCCAAAGGCCUGCCUACCGAGGGCCAGAAGCGCCUUGCUCCCAUCAUCGACACCUUCUCCUCUACCUACAAGGAGGUGUACACCGAGGCCUUUGACUCGAAGCUCCCCAUCCAGGAGCGCGUCACCAAGGUGACUUCGUACCUGCGCAGCGAGACCCUUCCUGCCCUUCACAAGUCUGUGCACGAGGCAGAGGCUGCUGCUGGCAAGUCCGAGAAGGAGAUCUCCUCGAAACUCGAUGAGGUUGCCAAGGAGAUUGCUCCCUCCAAGUAA